CAUGGCAGUAACAGUGGUGAUAGUCCAUGAACGCUCAUGGACUCACAGAAAACGUCUCAUCCAUCACCAACUGCAACAGGCACUGGAGCCCAGAUAACACAGUGAAACUGAUAAACCAUGAUCCCCAUCACUGAACUGCGGUACUUUGUGGACACGCAGCCGGCCUACCGCAUCCUGAAACCAUGGUGGGACGUGUUCACCGACUACAUUUCCAUCGUGAUGCUCAUGAUCUCGGUGUUCGGGGGGACUCUGCAAGUCACGCAGGACAAGAUGAUCUGCUUGCCCUGCAAGUGGGUGGUCGAUCAGACCUGCAAGAAGAACUUAAAUUCCUCCUUCACCACGCCUUUUUCAUGGGAGCCCAAAGGAAUCCGGUACGAUUUGGACCGCCACCAGUACAACUACGUCGACGCCGUGUGCUACGAGACUCGAUUGCAUUGGUUUGCCAAGUAUUUCCCCUACCUGGUUUUACUCCAUACCCUUAUUUUCUUGGCCUGUAGCAACUUUUGGUUCAAGUUUCCCCGCACUAGCUCCAAACUGGAGCACUUUGUGUCCAUCUUACUCAAGUGCUUCGACUCACCGUGGACCACCAGGGCUCUGUCCGAGACGGUGGUGGAAGAAAGCGAUCCGAAACCGAUGAAAAUGAACGGCUCCAUGGAGCACAAGGAGUCCGUCAUCAGCGAAGACGUGGAAGCCAGCGUGCCCAUGCUCCAGAGGACAAAGACGCGCCUGGAGCAGGGCAUCGUCGAUCGAACGGAGACGGGCGUUUUGGAUAAGAAGGAAGGCGAGCAGGCCAAAGCGCUCUUCGAGAAAGUCAAGAAGUUCCGAAUCCACGUGGAAGAAGGGGACAUCGUGUACCGGCUGUACAUCCGUCAGACGAUGAUCAAGGUGGUCAAAUUCAUUUUGAUCAUCUGCUACACCGGCUACUAUGUGAACGAUAUCAAGUUCAGCGUGGAAUGCAACGUGGAUAUCGAGAGUCUGACGGGUUACAGCGUGUAUCGCUGCGCUCAUCCGCUGGCUACGCUCUUCAAGAUCCUGGCUUGUUUCUACAUUAGCUUGGUGGUGGUGUACGGCUUCAUCUGCAUGUACACGCUGUGCUGGAUGCUGCGGCGCUCCCUCAAGAGGUAUUCCUUCGAGUCGAUCCGAGAAGAGAGCAGCUACAGCGACAUACCCGACGUCAAGAACGACUUUGCCUUCAUGCUGCACAUGAUCGAUCAGUACGACCCGCUCUACUCCAAGCGCUUUGCCGUGUUCCUCUCGGAGGUGAGCGAGAACAAACUGAGGCAGCUCAACCUCAACAACGAGUGGACCCUGGACAAGCUCAGGCAGAGGAUCACCAAGAACUCUCAAGAGAAGCUGGAGCUGCACCUUUUCAUGCUCAGCGGCAUUCCGGACACCGUGUUUGACCUGAUGGAGCUGGAGGUUCUCAAACUGGAGCUCAUCCCGGAUGUGACCAUCCCGCCCAUCAUCGCUCAGCUCGUCAACCUGCGGGAGAUGUGGCUCUACCACACCCCGGCGAAAAUUGAAGCGCCGGCGUUGGCCUUUCUGCGGGAGAACUUGAAGUCGCUGCACAUCAAGUUCACAGACAUCAAAGAGAUCCCUUUAUGGAUUUACAGCUUGAAGAACCUCAGCGAGCUUCAUCUCACCGGGAAUCUCAGCGCGGAGAACAACCGCUACAUCGUCAUCGAUGGGCUGCGGGAGCUGAAAAGGCUCAAGGUCCUGCGUUUGAAGAGCAAUCUCACCAAGCUGCCGCAGGUGGUGACCGACGUGGGCAUGCACCUCCAGAAGCUCUCCGUCAACAACGAAGGCACCAAGCUGAUGGUGCUCAACAGCUUGAAGAAAAUGGUCAACCUGACGGAACUGGAGCUGAUCCGCUGCGAUCUGGAGCGCAUACCCCACUCCAUCUUCAGCUUGCACAAUUUGCAGGAGAUCGACUUGAAGGACAACAACCUGAAGACCAUCGAGGAGAUCAUCAGCUUCCAGCACCUGCACAGGCUGGUCUGCCUUAAACUCUGGUACAAUCAGAUUGCCUACAUUCCCAUUCAGAUUGGCACGCUGAUCAAUUUAGAGAAGCUGUACCUGAACCGAAAUAAGAUUGAGAAGAUUCCCGGCCAGUUGUUUUAUUGUCGCAAGCUUCGCUUUCUGGACCUGAGCCACAACAACUUAACCAAUAUCCCAGCGGACAUCGGCUCCCUGCAGAACCUUCAGUACCUCGCCGUAACUGCCAAUAGAAUCGAGAGCCUCCCCAAUGAGCUGUUCCAGUGCAAGAAACUGCGCACUUUGAACCUGGGCAACAACUGCCUGCAGUCCCUGCCGUCGCGCUUCGGCGAGCUGAGCGGACUGACGCAACUCGAGCUGAGAGGCAACCGUCUGGAGUGUCUGCCCGUGGAGCUGGCAGAGUGCCGGCAGCUGAAGAGAACUGGUCUGAUUGUGGAGGAGGACCUCUUCAACACGCUACCCACGGAAGUCAAAGAACAAUUGUGGAGGACGGACAAAGAGCAGAUUUGAGCGUAGCCGCGAGUUAAUAGCUAACCGGGAGGCCAGUCGCAGAAGCGACCGCCCCAAACCCCAGAUGGGACGGCGUCAUGUACAGCCAAUAGAGAACGGGAAGUAUUCACUCACUUUGCCACCAUUUUUGUUCUUUUAGUGCAUAACGUCCCAACUGUUUUUUUUUUUUUUUUUUUGGACAUGCACUCCGACUCCCUCAUCAGGCUAUUUAGCAAUAACACAAGAACACUUUAUUGAUCCCAAAGGGAAAUUGGAGAAGCAGUGCCAUUGUGAUGUUUGUUUACAUUUUAUGCAUCUCAAUGAUGGCGGAGAAUUUUAAGUAUGCAAAACAAUAGGCCAACUCUACUGAGCAUUUUUUUUUUUUAAAUAAUUCACAAGCACUAAAGAGGACAUUCUUCUGUAUUCUUAAACGUGUCGUCGUGUCAGCAAGCCACUGAGAUGCCAAGGUGACCCUGCAUGGUCUUUGUUUUGUAUUAAGAAAUACUAUCGUAUCCAAACCAGUGGACUUCGUUUCGGCAUCGCCGACAAGAACUUUAUGAAGCUCUGCAAAAUAUUGGAACGUUACGCUCGUUAUAUCAUGUCGUAUGUUGCGUCUAUUUACAACCUUACAAGUACGCUGUAAAGUUGACAAUCAUUUAAGUUUGAAUCAAAAAAAGGAUGUGCGCCAGCUCAUGUCGCCUGGAUUUACUGUUUUAUGCCCAUAGUGUAAGCAUAUACUGUAAAAAUCUUGAGAAAAAAAAUGUGAGUGAAAGGUGGGAGCCAAAUCGAUUAAUAUAUGAGAAAAUGUGUUUGAACGCAUGCCAGAGAGUCCUCUGAACGAUUGUUAUGUGCAGUCACGGCUUGCUGGGUCUACAUGUGGAGCGGGGAAGGUUGCCUAUCGGUAUUUGAUCCAAGCGGCAGCCCCACCAAACAAUUCUUAAAAACAAACCUCAGAGCAACAGUCGUGAAAUGCCUUGGCUGCUCACAAUUUACAAUCAGUAAUAUUUGUUUUAUCAUAAGUGGAGGAUUUUAUACAAAUGAAAUGGCUGCUGGGGAGCAGGGGGAAUCCUGGUAGGAGAAGUCUUGGACGUUUUGGGGGUAUAUUUUUUUAGAAGUCAACAUUAGAAAGUAAUAGAACAAGGUUACAUACCAAGGUCAACCUAAGUCACCCCAAAUGAACACAUUCUAAGAAAUAAAGAGUUUUGUCACUGUUAUGUAUAUCUGAUUGCAGGUUUCCUCGCACAUGUUCACCCGAUACGCACAAUAAACUGGAGCAAAUGUACUUUUUGUCAAUUAAAAACAAUACCGUAGAUCAUCUACCAGUGAGACACACUCGAAAGAAACGAUGAGGAGGUAUGUUUCUAUUUUAACAGCUGUGUGUGCAGGCCACUUGCCUUAACUUCAAUUCGCUCUUGUUUUUUUUUUUUAAUAUACUGUUGCAGUUUGUUUUCAUUGCGAGUCUAAUACUUUUUACACUUGACCACCAAUUAAAGCUAAUGUGGAAGACUACUUGGCUCCAUAUAAUCACGGCUGAAACAACAACAUUUCUGUGUAUUGUACGGUAAAUGUUUUGUCAUGCAUUGAUUAAUUAAUCAAUCGGAGCAAACUGGAAAGAGGUCAUUGAUGAAUGAGAACCAUUGUGAUGUAGGCUAUGCUCCCUUUUUAUGAUUGAAUAUCGUAUUACUGUCAUUACUUUGCAAACUUAUGUUUAGAUAUUUCCGAAUAUAAUUGUUUUGGUAUGAGAAUGAUGGGUGUGAGAAAUGAAAAAUCAACCGUCUUUUGCAAAUAAAAAAUGUGACUCGUC